AUGUUGGACAGCCUUGUCGGCGAGGCCGCCAAACCCGGUAACGUCAACAUCGAGGCCUUUGACAUUGGCGUGCGAGAACUCCACGACCUCGAGACGGCCGAGCGUGCCAGGACCGGUUCUCCAGCGUGGAGCAGGGUGGGUGGCCGUGGCACUUUCGACACAACAAAGGUGGGGCACCUCUUGCAAGAGCUGUCGGAAUUGUGCAAGCGCCUUGUCGAGGCCUUCCUUACCGACAAGUCGCUCGGCAACACGCCGCCGCCCCCCCCCCCCACAACAGGGCCUCAACUGCCAGCCGCAGCUCGUCAAGAUCCGCUUCCACCUGGUUUACCGAACGGACCAGGAGGGAACGCUUCUCAUUACCUUCAUUGCCCACCCCACGAGCCUCGUCACGGACAGCGCGAUGGAGGGCGGCAUCACGCAGAAAAGAUGGACCUCGUCUGCGGCCUUGGCAUCGAGCUCGUGACGGAGGAGCACGACCGCCGCCCCAAGUGGUAUUGCGCCAGCCAGGUGGUGGGCUCAAAGCUCCGUCGCACUGGCACCGACCCGCAGUGGCAGGCGACCACCGCCGACAGUCUCCGAGUUGACGGCAACCCCUUGCCGCCAAAUCACCCUCCGGCAGGUCCUCACCUCGGCGAUGGAUCAGGUCGACGUUCGUCCGGCCCGGCAGGACAGGUAUCGCGGCCACCGCCACCUACCGCGCCCUCGCGAUUACAUUGUGGGCGAGCCACAUCACCUGGCCAAACCCCCCCUGCCAUCCUCGGAAAUGGUGUCCUGUGUGGCAAACAUUCCUCUCUCGACCCCGUUAUGCGUGUAAAGGCUCUGUACAUGUCUCGCGACUGA